AUGGAGUUGGUGUCGGAGGAUCAGGACUCCAGGAUCCCAGCCCUGGAACCAUUCAGGGUGGAGCAGGCACCACCUGUAAUCUACUAUGUCCCUGACUUCAUCUCCAAGGAAGAGGAAGAGUAUUUGCUUCGACAGGUCUACAAUGCCCCAAAGCCAAAGUGGACUCAGCUCUCGGGGAGGAAGUUACAGAAUUGGGGUGGGCUCCCACAUCCCCGAGGGAUGGUUCCUGAGCGGCUUCCUCUGUGGCUUCAGCGCUACGUGGACAAAGUAUCUGACCUCAAUCUUUUUGGGGGUCUCCCAGCCAACCAUGUUCUUGUGAACCAGUAUCUGCCUGGGGAGGGCAUCAUGCCCCACAGGGACGGGCCACUGUACUACCCGACCGUCAGCACCAUCAGCCUGGGCUCUCACACCAUGCUGGAUCUCUACGAGCCGCGGCAGCCAAAGGAUGAUGACCCUACAGAGCAGCCCCGCCCCCCGCCCCGGCCGGUCACUUCGCUAUUGCUGGAACCCCGCAGCCUCCUGGUACUUCGUGAUAUUGCCUACACACGCCUCCUCCACGGCAUCGCAGCGGCCUGUGUAGAUCCACUUGACACCGCCUCCCUACCGCUCAAUGCUGCUGCCUGCCCAGCGGCAAGACCUGGAGCCCACCUAGUCCGUGACACCCGCGUCUCGCUGACCAUCCGCCGGGUGCCCCGUGUGCUAAGGACUGGACUGCUCCUUAGCAAGUGA